AAUCAGUCUAGGAGGAAGGGCAUUGUUCAUUCAUUUAUGCUUCCAGCAAACAUUUGUUUGUCUGCACGGGCCCUGCGCUGGGGAUACCAAGUCAACAGCUGCUGCAGCUCGAGCCUUACCCCGGGUUCCCUUUCCCAGCGCCUGCCCCUCCUCCCGAGCGCUGGUAGCUCCUCCUCCUCCUCCUCGCACCUGCCCGAAGAUCUCAGGACAGAGGGCAAUGCCAGAAAGCUGGUGAAGGCUUUCUUCUCCUCCUCCACCAUGGUCGACGGCGUUAAGUAUGAAGUGGCCUCCCAGCAUGAGAGGGACGCCUCCCCUUUGGCCGAUGAAGCCAGCCCCAGGUCGGAGCAGGUAAAACUGAAGAAGGAGAUCUCGCUGCUGAACGGCGUGUGCCUGAUUGUGGGGAACAUGAUUGGCUCGGGCAUCUUUGUCUCCCCCAAAGGCGUGCUCAUAUACAGCGCCUCCUUUGGCCUCUCCCUGGUCAUCUGGGCUGUCGGGGGCCUCUUCUCCGUCUUUGGGGCCCUUUGUUAUGCGGAAUUGGGCACCACCAUUAAGAAAUCUGGGGCCAGCUACGCCUACAUCCUCGAGGCCUUCGGGGGACUCCUUGCCUUCAUCCGACUCUGGACCUCCCUCCUCAUCAUCGAGCCCACCAGCCAGGCCAUCAUUGCCAUCACCUUUGCCAACUACAUGGUGCAGCCCAUCUUCCCGAACUGCUUAGCCCCCUAUGCUGCUGGCCGCCUGCUGGCUGCUGCCUGCAUCUGUCUCUUAACCUUCAUUAACUGUGCCUAUGUCAAGUGGGGAACCCUGGUACAAGAUGUUUUCACCUACGCAAAAGUAUUGGCGCUGAUCGCUGUCAUCAUCGCAGGCAGUGUUAGACUUGGCCAGGGAGCCUCGACUCACUUUGAAAAUUCCUUUGAGGGUUCAUCAUGUUCAGUGGGCAACAUUGCUCUGGCACUGUACUCGGCUCUGUUCUCCUACUCGGGCUGGGAUACCCUCAAUUAUGUCACCGAAGAGAUCAAGAAUCCUGAGAGGAAUCUGCCCCUCUCCAUUGGCAUUUCCAUGCCCAUCGUCACCAUCAUCUACAUCUUAACCAAUGUGGCCUAUUACACGGUGCUCGACAUGAGAGACAUCCUGGCCAGCGAUGCUGUUGCUGUGACAUUUGCAGACCAGAUUUUUGGAAUGUUCAACUGGACCAUUCCAGUGGCAGUUGCGUUAUCCUGCUUUGGUGGCCUCAAUGCCUCCAUUGUGGCUGCGUCUAGGCUUUUCUUUGUGGGCUCAAGAGAAGGCCAUCUCCCUGACACCAUCUGCAUGAUUCAUGUUGAGCGGUUCACACCAGUGCCGGCUCUGCUCUUCAAUGGUCUCAUGGCGCUGAUCUACUUGUGUGUGGAGGACAUCUUCCAGCUCAUUAACUACUACAGCUUCAGCUACUGGUUCUUCGUGGGGCUCUCUAUCGUGGGUCAGCUUUAUCUGCGCUGGAAGGAGCCUGAUAGGCCUCGUCCUCUCAAGCUCAGCCUUUUCUUCCCCAUUGUCUUCUGCUUCUGCACCAUCUUCCUUGUGGCUGUUCCACUCUACAGUGAUACCAUCAACUCCCUCAUUGGCAUUGGCAUUGCCCUCUCAGGCUUGCCCUUUUACUUCUUCAUCAUCAGAGUGCCAGAACACAAACGACCUCUUUGCCUCCGCAGGAUUGUGGCAUCUGCCACGUGGUAUCUCCAGGUCCUAUGUAUGUCAGUUGCUGCAGAGAUGGAUUUGGAAGAUGAAGAGAUGCCCAAGCAACAAGAUCCCAAGUCUAACUAAACACAAGAAAUCCUGAGAUGUGGGAAGCAGGGGCCUCAUCUCCUACUCGCUGGAGCCAAGGAAGCUGAAAAGCUCACCACUUUGGAGGUGUCUGUCCAGAAGCCUCUUAGGCAGCUUCAACAACCUCUGAACUUGCUUUUUGAGAGAUGGAGAGUAAUUUAUUUGUUUUGCUACAUAUUGUUCCGUAUUUCUUUUAAAGGGACAAUAAAGCAGACUGUGAUGGGGAGCAUGCCAGGUGUGGGCUUGGAUGUUCCAGUGGCACAUUCCCAUGUGUUAAGACAUCCACUCACCUCCAGUGUGCCUGCCCACUCCUCCUUCCCACUGAAAGACCCAAUAAUGCUCCAAACUUCCCGCCUCCUUUAGAGAGACGUGAAACUGUCAAAGGUGCUAAACAAUAAAAGGGUAUGUUCCUGA